AUGCUGCCGGCCGCCGCCGCUGCUGCUGCAUCAUCGUCGGCCUCUGCUGCCUUCGCCUGUCCUGCCGCCUGUCUUUUUAAGAGACCUGGCUCGGCCCUCCCUCCCGCUCCCUUGCUGUGUAGUAAGGAGUCGCCUCCCCGGCAGCCCCUGGCACAGGUGGUGAUGACAGCUGGCUGCGGUCCCGUCGCUGGGGGGAUCUGCCCGCGCUCUGCCUGCGUGUUGAGCAGCACACCCGCUCCCCUCGCCCGCGCGGUGCCGGGCCGGCUCAUGCUGUCUGCCGUCCGCUUGACGGGCAGCGGCGGCGGCUCGGGGAGCAGCCGAGCCCUGGAAGUCGCCUGUGCUGAGGGGGCCGGGAAACCCCUUCUCUCAUGGGCCUCUGGAGCAGGCGGCGGCAUCCGUCAGAGCUGGGAGCCCCGUGUCUGCGGCGCCAGCGUCCUGCCGGCCAGCGUCGUGCACCUGCCGUCAGCGCCCGCGGGAGGCGACCUCCGGGACCCCUCGGGGCCAAGUAAGCCGACCCCCCGGAGCCGGAUUCCCGAGCGCGUGAUGACUCUGAGCAAAGGUUGGAGUGAGCCCCCGCGUGGCCGCGGAAGACCUUUGGAGGCGCUGACUACUGUGAGGAGGAUAAGGCUCCAGGUGGAAAAGCAUGAGCCAGGUGACACUGUUGAGGAAAAUUUGGUUUUUAAUAUCGUCACCAGAAAAAUUAACCAACCUCCAGGAGCAGAAAGCAAUCUACUUGGACACGGAUCAACCUACAUUGGACUUAAUGCUGUUUUCUGCGGUCUAAUAGCAAAUACAAAUAGUCUUUUUCAAUGCAUCUUAAACGUGACACAGGCUCGAAUAGCCGCUGGCUUGCCGAUGGCAGGGAUCCCAUUGUUGACUAUGCAUGCAUCGUACAAAGGUUUUUUAAAUUUACCCUUGAAUACAGGGGAUUUGAAUUGUGAAGCCCGUACCCUAACGCGGGGUGGAUUGGUUGGUCUCGUUCCUGGUGGUCUAUACGCUGGUUUCUCGGCUAUUCCUGUGAAUGGUGGCCUAGCAGCCAGCUAUGAGUCAGAAAGGACUCAACUGCUCCCAGGGAAAGGAAACAACUUGCCGAUUAGAAUUUCCAAGCCUGUCUUUAGAAAGAUGUCUUUCUUUCCCAUUUUGCUCCAGACUGUGUUUGCAGCACGCGUGGGAUCGAGGUCAAUAUAAACUAAUUUUGGAAAGGCUCUUCAGUUACCCGAACCCGGCCCAGGUUAA